AUGGAGAAUGCAGCCGAUAAAGUUUUGAACAUAAUUUCCUGUCAUCUUAAGCUGCUCCUUCACAACCUCCGAUAUCUCACCGUCAAGCACUCAGUCUUUUCCUCUCCAUCGGCUUUUUACUGCUCCAUUGACUACGCCUUACUGGAAGUCUUGUUUUUACCCACUUGUUUUUUUCUCCAUUAUUUUUCGUUCUUCAAACUCGUUCUUUCGGUGUACUUUCUUCUUUCCUCUUCCUUCGUCCAUUUAUUCGUUCAUUCAUUCUUUCUUUUAGUGACUUUGUCAUUUGCUUGUUUCUUUAUUUUAAUCUCUAAUUACAUUCUUUUUUCUUCUUUACCUUCUUUUCCAAUCAAUUCCAUUAUCAUCAUGAAAGCUAUUUACGUUAUCACUCCCACUGACAACACCAAUCAGUGUGUUGCUCCGCUCCCUUUCCGGUUACCUUCUGCGCAUGCACUACGCUCACACGCUCAUCCGGUUCCUUCAAUUCUUGCGGUUUGUGGCCGCAGGACUCCUAUGCGGCAGUCGCUUUGUGAACAAACCAAAAUUUCGUUUGGCACGUGUUUCUUUUGUCUUCAUUUUCUCUCCUCUUAA